AUUAAUUUGGAAUAUUUAAGCGCAUUUUUUUGGCAGCUAGUUAUAACUCUUGAAACAACAAACUUUUUUAUAAUUCUUGCAGCAAUUAUAACUCAAUAACUCUUGAAAUAGUUACAACUCUUAAAAAAACGAAAUAACCCAAACAAAACAACUUUUCAAAUAACGCUACAGAAUUUGUUACAGAAAAUGUCAGAGGAUUCUCCAAUCGCCACACGAAAGCGUUCUCAUCCAAGUACAAGCCCAAUAUACGACUGUACUCUGUAGUCACUAUGAAUGAAAAUGGAGUGGCUAAGAAGUGCAUAGUGCCUUUGCAUUGGGUAAAUGAAGUAGAUCAAAUAGUUUAUUGGCCACCACAAGGGAAAAAACCGAUUCACUACUACACAAGCAAGUGGUUAACACCAGAUCUAUCGUGGCAAGUAUUUGAAUUAGUUAAAAUAUCGCUAGAGAAAGGUACUCGAGAAAUGUGUAAUGACUGCAUGUUUCUUGAUUCAGAAUUUUCGCAUAGUGAUUUUGCAGAACCUGGCAAUGUUCAGACAUCUAACCCACAUCAAGAAAGUCCUGACAUAAUGGUUGAAAAAGUGCAGAGUUGGGUUGGGCGUUCACCAAAACAUGUAGUAUCGCGUGACUUUUCCUCUGGAAUAUCAGUAAUUGCAGCAGAAGCAAAAAAAAAACUAGAAAAAGAAAAAGUAUGUAAAAUAAGUUUAUUUUCAGGUGAGCCUUUGAGUCCACCUUCACCAAAAUGCAGCUCUACUUUUUUAUUAUCAAAGCAACUACCACAAGAGUCAACUAGACAUGCUAGAAAGAGAAAUCCUCUACUUGGUAACUACGGAGAACCACCACCUUCAUUUAAGUGCAUGGAUCAAAGACAAUGGCAGUAUGCAUUUUUUAUGGAAAUGGCAGAGAUCAAGUCAUCCCAAAAAAAUAUUCUUGCUGCAAUUGAAAGUCUAGGUCGGCGAACGGAACUCGAAUGUUCUUCGCUUUUCAUUAGUAAAUGUCAUUCCCUUGAAGAAUUUGAUUCUUUUGAACAAAAAUUGGAGUCUAAUGCGGAAUUUAGUAUUUUAAUAAAACGUUUGAAACAACUAGGUGGAGGAACACCAUCGCAGCUUGUCAGCAAGUGCAUCAAUCAGACUCUUGAUAAGAGUGUACAAGCCCAGUUCAACAAAACAGGAAGUAAUGGGAAACGUGCGUUUAAAAAGACGCUACUCUGCAAAGCAAUUUUAGGUAAACUUUUACUUAAUAUUAAACUGAGCGUUUACUAGAAUAAGUGUUGUUCUUCUAUAGUUUUAUUUUAGCUGCAUUAGUAUCAGAUGUGAAUUCAGCAAAAGUUAUUGAUUCGUUCAUUGGUGAACAAUUAAAGCGAGCACCUCGAGCCCUUGAAAAUGAGCUAGAUAAAUUUUUGUAAUUUUUUUUUAAAGGAGGAAUUAUGUUUGUAUUUUUAGUUUGUAAAAUAAGGAGCAUUUCUUA